AUGUCUGAUCCGAUUGCAAGAAGGCGUGCAUACGCUCCUUUAUCGAAACAGCUCCUUGACAAGUUUUACGAGCGGUUCAAAAACAAGCCUUACGGGUUGGAAACUAUGGAUGGAACCAAAAUCGUGCUUCCGCUUCAAUACCUCGAUGAAUUGAAAAGCCAUCCAGCACUGAGCUUCAAAGCUUCAAUUGACAAUGACGCGCUCUUGCCUUACACCAGUGUCGGAGGAGUCGAGGCUUGGGGCGCCCACCAGAUUCUGGCCAAAAUGAACCCUACCCUUGGAGCCUACGUUCCCGUAUUCCAUGGCUUAAUUCAAGAACACCUUCCGAAACUUGUUGGUCUGCCCGCAGAAUGGACUUCCGUAAACCUCAGCGAAGCUCUGCUUGAGAUGGUAGCAAUCACGUCGGCGAGAAUCAUGCAUAGCGAAGAAGCUGCUCGUAAUCCGACGUGGCUCAAGCUCUCAACUUCGUUCGUCCAUACCGCCAUAGAGUACGGAUCAGCCUUGAAGUCCUGGCCGCCUGUUCUCCGACCUGUUGUCGCCUACUUCCUGCCUCAGCGUCUGGAGAAGGAGCAGCAGCUAGCAGGGGGUCGCGAGAUCAUUGCCAAAUCCCUGGCCAGGAAGAAGGCGCUAGGAGGUGCCCCUUUGGAGAACCCACCCACAAUGCUAGAUCACCUUACUAGCGGGGCACACGCCUCCAAGGCCGAUGAACUCGAGCUUCAACUCAUUCUUCAGAUGACACUAGCUGUUGCCAGUAUUCACACCACUUCAUCGACCAUCACUCAAGUGCUGUACGGCCUGGCUGUUCAGCCAGACCAGGCCGAGGAGCUUCGAUUGGAAGUGGUGGAGGUGCUUGAGAAGUCAGGCGGUGUUUUCACAAAACAAUCCCUGGCCGAGAUGAAGAAGCUUGACAGCUGGAUGAAGGAGAGUCUGCGCAUGAGCGCGCCAGACAUGACCACAUUUCAAAGAAUGGCAACGAAGCCCUUGACUCUGAAGGACGGCACCUACAUUCCUGCCGGGACAGAAAUGGAGCUCCCGACCAGCGCCAUCAACUACGACCCUGCGAUCUAUCCUAAACCCGAAAAGUUCGACGGAAUGCGUUCAUAUGGUGAACGCCAGGAGGAAGGUUCGGAACACAAGCAUUCUUUCGUCAGUGUCACUCGCACUGAGCUGGGCUGGGGCUUUGGAAGACACGCAUGCCCCGGACGUUUCUCGUCCGACGUUGAGAUCAAGCUGAUGUUUGCCGAAUUCCUCCUCAACUACGAGAUCAAGAACCCGGAGGGCGAACCACGAUUCAAGAAUAUCGAGUUUGCGACAAACGUCCUCCCAGACCCAACGAAAGAGGUACUGAUCCGGGUGCGCCGGUGCUAG